AUGAGUGACACCGAGUUCAAUGGAAAAAAGAGAAGAAGGGUAUAUGGUCAGUUUAUUUGUGAUAUUUGUGAUAAACAAUUCAUUAGAGCAGACCAUCUUGUGAGACAUAAGCGGAACCAUGAUCCCCAGUAUUUGAAAUAUGUGUGCAAUUGGCCAGGCUGUGGACAGAAAUUUUUCAGGAACGAUGUAAAAGAGAAGCAUUAUAAAAGACACCAGUCACGACAAGACAAAGGAGUAAGUAUCCAAAGCCCCAGGGAGAGUCAUCAAUAUCAAAACUUGUCAAACACAAAUGGUGAUACGAGUACCACGCAUGAAAUAUCGGAAAACCAAUCAGCUGAAAAACCAGAUAUACAGAUGAGCCAAGGAUUACAGGAGUUCCAGAGACCUCUAACUCAAAAUAUUCAAAAUAACCUCCAUCAAAUUCAACCUACUAUUCAAAGCCUGGUUGGAAGUCUGCCUAAAGAAAUCGAAAAUACGAUACCAGGUAUGCCUGACAAAACUUUGUCACCAUCUGAUCUUAUUGAAUGGCUUUUUCACGAUGAAACAAUUCCAGACGCAUCAUCUGAUGCAAAUCAUAAUACCAAUGCAUUUCCAAAUAGACACACUACUGAUAUUACAAGUACUUUUUCCCCCAUGAGUUUGUUGGAGAAUAUUUUUGCGGUUUCGCCAAACUUUCCACAUUCGAACACCAGAAAAACUAUCGAUGAAAAUGUUAGACAUAAGUUAAUUGAAAUCAUCCCUUCAUUGGAUUUGAGUCCCGAUUUCAACUUAAUUCAAAUCGAAAGGUUUUUGGAGAUUUAUUGGUUAAUAUAUCACCCACAAUAUCCCAUUUUACAUCGUCCAUCUUUUACUAAUUUUGAAUGUCAUCCUUUGCUACUUCUUGCGAUGAUAAUGUUAGGUGCAAGUUUGACUAGUUGUACCGGCUACCAUGAGUCUGUAUUAUUUCAUAAUCCACAAAAAUUGGCAAAUGAUAUUGCUGAACCUUUAAGAUGGUUAAUCUUUUCGAACCCAGAUUGCAAGCCUCCUGCUAAGGUCUGGGUGGUUCAAAGUUUAUUAUUACUAGAGACUUUUGAAAUCACUAGCAGUAGUAGAGCAUUACAUGAACGAGCAUAUUUACACCAUGGUGCAAAAAUACAAAUAUUGAGAAGAUCUCCGAUUUUAGGUGGGGAUCCGUUAAAAGAUGAUAAUGAAGAAGGGGCAUAUACGUUAAAAGAUGAAUUAUGGAAAAAAUGGAUUGAAAUUGAGUCUAUGAAAAGGGCUACUUUAAUGGCAUUUUAUUUGGAUACUGUACAUGCAACAGUUUACGGUCAUAUUAUUAUAUUGUAUGCUCACCAGAUUAAAUUAUCUUUACCUUGUGAGGACGAAUUAUGGGAGUUUGAAAACACUAAGCAAGCAACCGAAACAUUACCACCUGUUAAAACUCCAAAAUUCUUAGGUGCUUUGAAAAGUUUACUCCAUAAACGUAAAGUGCAUACCAGUGCUUUUGGAAAAAAAAUAUUAUUAGCAGGCCUAUUAACUAUUAUGUUCCAAAUGCAACAGAAGGAUUUGCAGUUAUCAUUCUUGGAAUGGGAUUCAAUAAAGGAUUCGUGGAAUGAAACUAUUUCCUUAGCUAUAGAUGUUUGGCGAAUUGAUAUUUGCUCGAAAGGAAACUGUUGUAAUACAGAAGCUUCGCUUUAUUUUCCUAAAGAGGAUCAGAAGCUUUUGCCACCAAUGCUAAGAGUGGAUGAUACAAGAUGUAAAUUCAGCUUGUACCACAUUGCCCAGAUUUAUAUGCGGAUUACUCAUUAUGACUAUAUCAUAUACGCUGGUGCACCUAGUAGGAUGAAUGUGGUUGCAGGUACUUCUGAGUAUAGGGUGGUUUCACAUAGAGUAAAAGAUUGGUCAUCUAGUCCUAACGGUAGAAUUAGUGUGAUCCAUGCCUACAUGCUUUUAUGUGAAAUGUUGUUGUCGCCUGAUAAUGAAGAUAUUAUAUACACAUAUGAACCAAAUUCUGAUCCAUUCUUGCAUAGAAAGAAUAUUAUAGCUAGUGCCAUCUUGGUAGUCUUUGCAUAUAACUUUUCAAUUGAAGGACCUGAGUCUUUGAUAUUCGAGGAAAAAAGUAUACCUAAUGACUAUUAUCCAGAGAAAGAAGAUGGUUAUUCAUACUUAAAAAGAAUAAGGAGAUGUCUAUCGCAAACUAUUGGAGGUCCUUUUCAUACCGCUAAACAUUCAAAUAGUACUAUUUACCAUAAUUCCAUAAAACUACAUGCAGAAUCAUUGCUUAGAAUAGAGAAUAAAAAUCAUAUAGUCGGAUUAUUGAAAAUCUUUUACAAAGGAUACAAAAAUUGCAAUUGGGAAAUUGGUUGCGAAUAUUCUAGAUUGCUCAAAAAUUGCAUAGAAAGAUGCUUAGGAAGGAGCAAAAUUACUUGUGAUAACAUGUAUUUAAAUACUUAA